CGCUGAAUCCUGCUAAAUCCUGACUUGAUAUGUUCUGUAACCCGUUUGGAUCAAUGCAUUUGCCUGCAAGCCCUUCAGGGUAGCCCUUCAGGUGCAAUUCAGACGAUUACGACUACACGCCAUUAACUUACUUUCCAUAUCGAGCAUGAUGAGACACCCAGCUUUGGCUAUGGCUUGUUUGUCAGCGCAUGUGUUGGCGCUGAUGGACGUAUCCCAGCCUUCUCAUCGUUCGGCAGCGAUGCAGGUAGCUGCAGAGCUUGUGCCGCCCCCGGUCUUUGUACCCCUGGAUCCUUCCGCGAAGCCCGCGCCGACACCGGCGCCUCCCAUGUCAGUGGAGGCCAAGGUGCCGUUCCAGCUCGUGCUGACGGCGAAGAACGGGUCCCUCGCCGACCUGCCCAAGAGGAUGGGGGACAAUGUCCGCCGGACGCUGGCCCUGAACCCCGGGCUGCAGGUGCGGUUCCUCAACGACGCAGAGUGCAGGGACUUCAUCGCGCUCCAUUUCGAGCGGCUGCUCCCCGCGUUCAACUCGGAGCAGAGGGGAGCCUACCGGGGCGACAUCUGCAGAGCGGCGGUGAUCGCGCUGGAGGGCGGCUUCUACGCGGACCUGGACGUGCAGUUUCGCGUUCCCCUCUCCCAGUUGGCAGAUGAUUCUACGACCUUCAUGACCACGUUCGACGUGACUUGCUAUGCUCUGAAUGCUCUGUUCGCGGCAGAGCCUGGCAGCGAAGUGAUGCGGUUCGUUCUAGAUGCGAUCCUACAGUGGUACGCAGAGCCGUUCCAUCUUCCAGAGUGGUGGAUGGGCACCAAAACCAUGCUUGACGGGAUGACAGCGUUCGUGGCUCGCAGCUGCCCAUGGGUGGACCUCCAAAACUCGACGACGCUCCAGUUUGGCUGUGGACCGCGCCAGCAGCUCCGGCUGUACAGAGAAAAGCGCCUCAGGUGCGACCAUUCUGCCACCAAGGCGUUCGCAUGGACGCAGACAGAGUGCCCACCCGCCAGGAGCAGCGGGUUCCCCGGGGUUCGUUUCGGCAUCUUCGAGCCGGGGCCAGAGAGGAACCUCGUGGCCUGGUCCCGCUUCGAAGACUGCACGAAGUGGGGCUGCAACGAGCGGCGCAUGCAGCAGACCUGUCGUGGUUAGCUAGGUUCUGAAGAAGGCAACCCUCUGGGGAGUCGUGCCAGCGUCGGUGUACACCCUGCGCGUGGCAUUUCCGCCGUUCUGGUCAUCGUGGUGGGACCGCAGCUAUACGGCUCGGUUGCGACGGCACCCAUGGCCAAUCAAUGACUCAUAUUUCUGGUCGUGACCUUUGCAAUAUAUGUGUUGCAAUCUAUGUGUUGCAAUCUAUGUUGUGCAAUCUAUGUGGUGCAGUACUCGGUACCGGCUGACAAACCCAAUUUGUUGGAACGUGCGUAUAAAACUUUAAAGGCAAACGCUGUUCGUAGAGUAUUUGUACAUAUGUAUUUGUGUAUGUCAAUUGUGUAUAUAUUUGUUUAUAGAUGUAUCUGGCCGUCUGGCCAUUGAGGGCUAUGCGCAGCGCAGUUGCCCAGUCUAGGCCAUGGUUUGUGCGCGCGCGGUGCCGUCGCUUCCGCGAGACUUUUCGCCCGCCUGCGCCUUCGAGCCCAAUUCGUGGCCCUCUGCUCCGCCUUAUUCCUGGAUCGAGCGACUCUCGACCAGGCGCGAAGCAACAGCCUCCGAUCCUUUCGCCUCGGCCUCCCCGUGCUGGACUACAUCUUCAUGCAGUGCUUGGGGCGGG